AUGAAGACCAGCGAUUUGCCAUCGGAAUCAUCUGAUGCUUGUUUGCUCCUGUCGCUUCCAGAAGAUGUAUUAGCUCUAAUCUCCCGAUUUCUUUCUCCGAUUGACAUUUGCAAUCUAAGCCUAUGCUGCAAAAGCCUCUGUAGCCUUGUGGAUUCAGAAAGGAUCUGGAUUGUACAGUGUGAAGUAGUAAAGGUCCUUCCUUUACUUGAAAUAGUCCAAUGGCGAAUCGGGAUCUCUUCUUACAAGGCGCUUUGUAGGUUUCUUGCCGAGGUAAUGAAGCCUCUUGUUGGGGUUUGGGUUCACCAAAACCCUGAACUUGGGAACGUUGUUCAUGUCAUGCCUGGUUUCUUGUCCCUUGUCGCUUGCCGGAUAAUCCCACAAGAGGUUGGUCCUUUAGGGAUUCAAGAAGGUCGGGUCAUGUGGUCGCCGGUGUUUGAGAUAAUCUGCGGUUUCGAUGGCUCCGCCGCGUUUUUCCUCCAUGGGAGAGACGGAGAAUGCAGUUCUUUGUAUCCUGGUUUUGUCAUGGGCGUUGAGAAGAGUUGCAAUGUGCUUUUACUAGAGGUUGAGCCAAGGCGAGAGAAGAGGUUGUGCGGUGAGGUUGAUAACGAUGUUCGGUUUUCGUUCUGUAAGCUAGCUUUUAGCGAUAGGAGGAAGUUGCUUGAGAUAGUGACGGGCCGUGUAGGUUUAACUCAACCUGAGCUAUCAAGUGGGAAGCUGUUUCGCUGUUCGAAAGACGAUGAAGCGAUGUUGUUGGAACGGAGAACAAUGCUGCUUAAGAUGCAUAAGUUUGGUGGGAACUGGAACCACAUGAAGCUUGAGGAUGGGUUGUGCUAUGAUCCAAAUCAGGUAGACAGUAAUGAGUUGUGGAAGAGUCUUGGUUAUGGAGACAUGGAAGAUGAGAAUCAGAUACAUGGCACACAAAGGAAAGGAUUUAGCAAGUAUUUCAAAAGUGGCAUCAAGCAUAUCCUGAGAAGGUCUAGUUCAAGUAGUACUUCAAAGAGCUCGUCUUCUUCGACGAGCAGUGGGAUUAAACGUUUGAAUCUCCAAAGCUUUCUUAGCUCUGGUGAUUUUGUAGGUCUUAGUGUCAAAGCUUCAAAGACUAAGCUUUCUUCUUACAAAGGUUGGCCAAACAUGCACGAAACACGUUUCGCGCUUUAUAAGCUACCGGUUAAGAAUCCGGUGAACAGUCAAGAGUACGCCGGUUUGUGGGGAGGAACAUUUGGUUGGCCGCCUGGGAAAUGUACUGAAGAGAAACCAGGAAAGGCUCUGUUUUUAGUGAUGCUCACUUAUGAAGAAUCUCAAGAUGAGAGUGAGAGACUUCUUAUAGGGACGAAAAUACUUGAAGGUACUCACUACGUGAUGCAUCCUAAUGGAUCAGCAAUGUUUGUUGUAAAGAUUGGUUCUCCUUCUUUUGAGCUCUUUCCUUUUGAUGAUACAAAUGGUGAAGAUUUCGAGCAUUCUUACGCAGGAGAAGGUAUUGCGAAAGGUUAUGGUUUCAGGUAUCCUGGUUACAAACCGGGUUCACUGUUUGUGACAUCUAAAGGUCUUCUCAUGUUUGUUUGGAAAGAAACUAGAGUUGUGUUGACAUUGCAAAGACUUGAUCUUGAAGAUCUUUUGAAGAAAGGUGUGUGUGUAUCUCCUUUGCCUCCAUGUCUGAAUUUUACUUACCUGACAAAAUCUCACACCAAUGUGUUUACACCGGGGAGAAGAACAUCAUAG